AUGGAGGCCGCCUCCGCUCGAGCGGCAGCCAGAGAUCGUUGGAGCGAGAUGGGUUUCCCGAGACCAUCUCAGCUUCAACGAUUUAUAGCGAGCGCCUGCAGUCCCGAGAACUACGAACCGAACCUUGCGCUAAACCUCGAAAUCUCAGAUCUGAUUAAUAGCAAGAAAGGCAGCGCUCCACGCGAGGCAGCAGUCGCUAUAGUCAACUAUAUCAACUCCCGCAAUCCGAACGUUAGCCUCCUAGCCAUCAGCCUUCUUGAUAUCUGCGUCAAAAACUGCGGAUACCCCUUUCAUCUUCAGAUCAGUACUAAGGAAUUCUUGAACGAGCUUGUGAGAAGGUUUCCCGAGAGGCCUCCUAUCCGUUAUACCAAAGUCCAAUCUAAGAUCUUGGAAGCUAUUGAAGAAUGGAGGAGCACGAUAUGCGAAACCAGCCGGUACAAGGAAGACUUGGGCUUCAUUCGGGAUAUGCACCGUUUGUUAAGUUACAAAGGCUACCAUUUUCCAGAGGUCCGGAGGGAUGAUGCUGCCGUCUUGAAUCCGAGUGACAAUCUUAAAUCGGCCGAGGAAAUGGAGGAAGAAGAGCGAGAAGCACAAUCCGCCAAGCUACAAGAACUAAUACGGAGAGGCGCCCCAGAAGACUUACAAGAAGCAAACCGACUUAUGAAGAUUAUGGCCGGCUACGACACGAGGUCCAAGACAGACUAUCGCGCAAAGGCAGCUGAGGAAGUUGGCAAGAUCCAAGCCAAGGCACGCCUGUUGGAGGAAAGGUUAGCAGCGUUCAAACCGGGCGAUUCUAUGAAGGAUGGCGACGUCUUCGAAGAAUUAGCUUCGUCGCUCCAAAGCGCGCAGCCCAAGAUCCAGAAGAUGUGCGAAGAGGAGUCCGAUGACCACGAGGCAGUAGCAAAGUUGUUCGAGAUUAACGACAGUAUACACAGGACAGUCGAACGGUGGAAGCUCCUCAAGAAGGGCGAUAUAGAAGGCGCUAACAAGAUAGCCGCGGGCGCACCCAUCGCCAUACCAUCCGCGGCAGCUGGAAAGUCUACGUCGGCCGCAGGCGAGCUGUCGUUAAUCGACUUUGAUGGGGAUGCUGCAGCGAAUGGUUCUGGCAACAAUGCUGCCGGAUCGAGCUCGCAAGCUGGCGAUCUCGAGAACGAUCUUUUAGGUCUCUCCCUAGGAGGUAACAGUGGCAGUUUCGGCCAAGGUGGUGGAAUAUCACUUGGAUUUGGGACAAAUCAGAAUGUUCCCGGGCCUGCUUUGCUAUCAUCAGUAACCCAAAAUAACAGCGCAAGAGCGUCAUCCCCUACUCCUCCACCCUUUUCUCCCUUUUCAGGAUUUACGUCGAAUCCCGCGGGAUCCCAGUCUAACACUCCGCAACUAAAUCUAUCGCAACAAUCUUCAUUCUCCAGACCACCACCCCAGAAGGCACCGGCUGCCAGCGAUCCUUUCGCAGCUCUCGCUUCUCCCCAGUUCUCAUCUAAGCCAGCUACCCCCAAACCUGCAGCGCCUCCUGCGACAGCUGACGAUGAUGAAUGGUCAUUUUCUUCCGCGUUACCGCUCGAACCUUCUCUUCCUAAAGAACUUCGAGUAGAUGUCAAGGACGGACCCUUGCAAAUCCAUCUCAACGCAGCGAGAUCACGGACGCCAAGCGCCCUUUUGCUGGUUUUCCUCUUCUCCAACACCACCGCCGCGCCUAUAAGCAAUCUUCACUUCCAAUUAGCCGUAACAAAGGGCUUUGAACUCCAGCUCCAACCGCAGACGGGCCGCGCCCUGCAGCCCAGGCAGACGGAUGGCGUGUCCCAGUCUGUCGAGGUGUUCCACGCGGGAGACCGGGCUAAAAAGGUCGACAGCAUCAAGCUCAGGUGGCGCGUUAGCUACACGCUGGGCGCUGAUAAUAAGGCCGAGAUGGGCGAGAUACCCGAGUUUAGCAUUGCAUGA